AUGAUUUAUACCUCCUUCAACCAAAUCGCUUUGGUUCUCAGCGUUGCCUUGUGCACCGCCGCACAAAGCUACGCGGUUCAAGCUGGCUACCACGUCCUCUAUAGCUACUCCGGCAAGACCAUCCCGGACUCUAUCUUUCAAGCCGCAGCGUCGGGAACAAUUGGUGGCCUGAUCCUCUUCGGCGGCAACAUCGACUCCACCCUCCCCUCGCAACUCUCCUCCCUCCAGUCCGCAUACAAGCAAUCCUCCAACUACGCCGGAGCUCCGCUCCUCAUUGUCACCGACCAAGAAGGCGGUCAAGUCAACCGCCUCCCCGGCGGCCCCACCCUCUCCGCCAAAAAGGUCGGCCAAGCCAGCGAUCCCGCCGCCGCCGCAUCCAGCGCCGGCGCGACCGUCGCCCAGGGAUUCUCGACAUACAAAGUCAACGGCAAUCUCGCCCCGGUCCUCGGCGUCUACCGGUCCGCGGGAGAUUUCCUCGACGAGUAUGGGCGAUCCUACGGCAUGACCGCGAGCCUGGUCGCCAAAUGCGUGGGGCCGUUCAUCUCGAAACUGCAGUCCUACGGCUAUGCCGCGACGGCGAAACAUUUCCCGGGCCUCGGCGCGGCCUCCUCGUCGGAGAACACGGACGAAGCCCCCGUGACGAUCAACCUGUCCCUCUCGGAGCUGCGCUCCGUCGACGAGGUCCCCUACCAAACGGCGAUCACGAACGGCGUGAAGAUGGUCAUGCCGUCGUGGGCGGUGUACCCUGCGCUGGACGGCUCGCGGCCUUCGGGCCUGAGCUCGAAAUGGCUCAAGGACGAACUCCGCGGGCGACUGGGCUUCUCCGGGGUCACGAUCAGCGAUGCGAUCACAGCGGGUGGGCUGCGAGAUUAUGGCAGUAUCAGCAAUCGUGCCGUAUUGGCGGUGCAGGCGGGUAUGGACAUCAUUGUGGUCACGGGGAAUAGUCCGGCGGAUGGAGCGACGGUGGUCUCGGCGCUCGCGGCGGCGGUGCAGAAUGGCCAGAUUGCGUCGCCGGCGUUUAGUGGGUCUUCGCAGAGGAUUUUGAAUCUUCGGAAGGCGCUCGCUACGUGAGAAGGGGGAUCGCGACGAUCGGGAUGUGCCUUUCUGGUAGACGCUGUGUAAGAAUGAUGCAUAGAGUCAACUCGAAAAUUUACAGAAAGUAUUCGCG